CACGUCAGAAGUACCACGUCAGACACAGGGCCAUGUCAGCAGUGCCACAUCAGCAGUGCCAUGUAAGUAGCAGUGCCACGUCAGCAACAUGACGGGCCUGCCAGGCCAACUGCCCAGCGAGUCCCUUGCAGCCUACAAGCAGCGGUUCCAGGCUCAGAUAGAGCCUGAGGAACAACGCCAGCUGGCAGCUCAGGCUGCCCGCGUACAGGCUGAAGAGGCAGCAGCAGCAGAGCAACUGCAGCUACAGGCCGAUGCAGACGCAGAUGCCCAGGCUCGCCGCAAGGAAGCCCAGGAUCUGCUGCAGCGGCAUGAAGCCAACAUCAUCGACAGACUCAAGUUCUGGCAUUUUGAACCGAACGGCGACGAGGCAACACCGGAAGAGAAGCACAAGGAGUUCCUCUCCAAACUCGUGACAAGGUUGUUGUACGCUUGCAACUACCAACGGUCAGAGUUGGAGAGACAGUACCAGGACCCGACGCAACAGCAUCAGGAGUUGGCAAAGCUCCGCCGCAUGGUGCAGAGCCACGAGGAUGUAACUCGGGCACUCAAUGCCCGAUUGCUGGACCUGGAACAGGCUGUACCAGGACCAGCUGCUGGGGCUUCCAGCAGUGCACCCUCUAGCCGCCAACUGGAUGACCGCGUUGACCACGUAGUGGCAAUGCUCGGCGACAUCAGCACUUUCGCUGCGCCGACCACCACCAUCAGCAGUCAGCUGCAUACAUUGAAGACCGAGGUCCAGCAGCUGCAGUCGACGAACGCGGACGACAAUCCGAAGAUGUACAAGAUGCCAACUUUCAACCUGGAGAGGUUCGACGACUACACGCAGCAGGAUCCGGUCCUGUGGUGGGAAGCAUUCACAACGCAACUCAGGAUUCUGCCCUUAGCCAAGCAUGCGUACAUCGGCGCCCUGUUCCUGAACUCAAAGGGCGGAUGCCAGACCUGGUUGAGCCACCUGGCAACCUCCCACGGCAUCGACGUACCAGACUUGAAGGACAAAAUCACAUGGGAGGAACUGACACGGCUGUGGAAGAAGCGGUUCAUCGUUGACGACGCGCCGACACUCGCCAUCAACCGUUUGUUCACCAUGUCACAGGGCAACACUGCAACACGGGACUGGCUCACGGAGUGGCAGAAGAUUGUGGCAGUGCCCAAUCUAGACCUGCCUUUCACUCAUCUCAGACUACCAGCUCCGUUGACGGACGUCGGAGCAGAGGUUGUCGACCUUCACGCUUACAUCGCGAAGAUCGACCGCGAGUUCAAGACGCAACGGUACGACGACAUCGACGCACCAUUGCUCUACGUACGCAUUCAGAUCGGAGAGGCGACCUGCAGUGCCUUGAUCGAUUGCGGAGCAUCUCGCAACUACAUCAGUCAGGACUUCAUCGUGCGCGCCGGCCUUGGCCCACGCAUCCGGAGGAAGUCCCAGCCUACGCAAGUCACGUUGGCGGACGGUCACAUGCACAAGUCAAUCGACCGGUGCAUUGACAACGUCCCAGUGUACUUCGCCCCUCACGCAAGUGAGGCGGUGUCCUUUGACAUUCUGGACACCAAAUUUGACAUGAUCUUGGGCAUGUCAUGGCUGCGAAGUGAGGAUCACCCGGUGCACUUCUUCCACCGCACCGUUCACAUUCGUGAUCGGAACGGGGUACUAGUUCCAUGCACGGUGCCUCUUCCUCAUCCUUCGAUCAGCUGCCACGUGGUAUCCGCCGCAAGCAUGCGAGUUUCCAUCAUCAGAGACGACAUCGAGGAGAUGGGGGUGUGUUUUCUCCACGCCCUCCUACCCCAUGACGCUUCAUCGACGGACUCACCUUCGGAUCCACGCAUCACCGAACUUCUCGACGCCUACAGCGACGUGCUCGAAGGCCUGCACGGAGUAGUACCGGAUCGACCCAUCCGCCACGAGAUCAUCCUCGAGGACGGGGCCGUACCUCCGCGCGGUUGCAUCUACCGCAUGAGCGAGGAAGAGUUAAGUGUACUUCGGGCACAACUCGACGACCUUCUGGAGAAAGGCUGGAUUCAGCCUAGCUCAUCGCCAUACGACGAGCAGGAACGCCGACCCUCUCCCACGCAUCAACGACCUUCUCGAGCGAUUGGGCGGCGGCCAAUUCUUCUCAAGUCAGGGUACCACCAACUCGAGAUUCGCAAGGAGGAUCACUACAAGACCGCGUUCAAGACACGGUAUGGGCAUUUCGAAUGGCUGGUCAUGCCGUUUGGCCUAACGAAUGCCCCAACCACUUUCCAAGCGGCUAUGACAACGGAGUUCAGACACAUGUUGGAUCGGUUUGUACUGAUCUACCUCGACGACAUCUUGGUGUAUAGUCGGAGUUUGGAUGAGCAUGUGGAGCACCUGCGCACCGUUUUGGAGCGGCUACGACAAGCCAAGUACAAAGCAAACCGCGACAAGUGCGAGUUCGCACAGCAGGAGCUGGAGUACUUGGGACACUAUGUGACGCCACAAGGCAUCCGUCCGCUCGCGGACAAGAUCGAGGCCCUACAAGUAUGGCCCAAGCCCACCAACACCACGGACAUUCGUUCAUUCAUGGGAUUGGCUGGCUACUAUCAGCGAUUCAUCACCGGAUACUCCAGGAUUGUUGCACCUAUGACGAGGUUACAGUCGCCAAAGGUGCCAUUCGUAUUCGAUGACGACGCACGCCGGUCAUUCCAAGCACUUAAGACGGCWMUGCUCAYGGMACCCGUCCUUAGCAUCUAUGACCCCACCCUGCCGACGCGAGUGACUACGGACGCUUCCGGCUAUGGCAUUGGGGCAGUCUUGGAACAACACGACAGCGACGACUGGCACCCUGUGGAGUAUUUCAGCCAAAAAGUGCCUCCCAUCAACUCGCUUUAUGAUGCAAGGAAGAAGGAGCUGCUCGCAUUCGUGAUGGCUCUCAAGCGCUGGCGGCACUUCCUCCUUGGGCGUCGUAGGUUCACAUGGGUCACAGACAACAAUCCAUUGACCUACUAUAAGACGCAGGACACGGUGAGCAGCACGAUCGGACGAUGGAUGUACUUCAUCGACCAAUUUGACUUCACACCGAAACAUGUCCCCGGCCUCUCCAAUCGCGCAACAAAUGCACUCUCGCGAAGACCUGAUCUUUGCGCUAUCACACAUCAUGCCUUCGCAUUCGACGAGGAGCUUCAGCGACACUUCAUCCGGGUAUAUCAGUCUGAUCCGGACUUCGGCACGCUCUAUGAACAGGUAUCUUGGGAUCACCCGCCGGCCAGCCAUUACCGCAUUGUCGACGGGUACAUGCUCCUCCACUCGAGAGGCAAGGACUUACUAUGUGUCCCACGCGACCGUCGUCUUCGGACUCGCCUCCUCGGCGAGUAUCUUGAUUCACGACUCGCCGACCAUUUCGGAGUCAACCGCACUAUUGCACGGCUUCGACAGCGAUUCCGAUGGCCCGACCUCAUUACCGAUGUCACUCGGUAUUGCGACUCUUGCGAAGUUUGCCGACGCAGCAAGCCCCGCAAYCGCAAUCCYUAYRRCGAGUUACACCCGAUGCCUAUCCCACGGGAACCCGGUCUCUCCAUUGCCAUGGAAGUCACCGGUCCGUUUCCUCGCGACCGUCUCGGGCACGACGGCAUCCUCACGGUUGUGGACCGAUUGAGUAAGUAUGCGCGUUUUCUUCCUUGCAAGUACUACUCCACGGCUCCCGAGCUGGCACGCCUCCUGCACACUGGUUGGAUUUGUGGCCACGGUGUACCAGAAGACAUUGUCAGCGACCGCGACACUCGUUUCAUGUCGGCGUUUUGGACUGCUCUCAUGCAGGAGUCCGACACAACAAUGAAACCAAGUUCGGCUCGACAUCCUCAGACAGACGGGCAGACGGAGCGGGCACAUCAAAACGCUCAAAUGAUGCUUCGUACGCUCAUCCGCCCGGACCAGAAAGAUUGGGUUGACCGCCUCCUCGACAUCGAGUUCGCCUACAACACUUCGGUGCAUCCGGCGAUCGGCGUGACUCCAUUCGAGUUGCACCACAGUGGACGGAAAGGCCGGAUCUUCGCCGACCUUCUCCUCCCUCGACCAGCCGACAUUGACGCUGCCUGCUCUCCCGCUUCCAUCCGGAAGUACAGGGAAUUGCUGACUCAAGCCCGCGCAAAUAUGCAAAAUGCUCAAGUCCGCAUGCAGCAGCAAGCCAACAGGCGUCACGUACCAUGUCCCAUCCGCGUCGGUGAUCUGGUUUGGGUCUCCGCGGAAGAGUUUGCACUGGAACAGGAUGUUUCACACAAACUGGUUCCCAAGUGGUUUGGACCUUGGUCUGUGACAGCAGCCGCGGGUGAUGAGCCCGAUGGCCAUUCAUUUGUGAUCAACAUUCCAGAGCAUCUGACGGUCCAAACGAUCUUCCACGCCUCGAAGCUGGCAACAUACACGCCAGCCAAGAGCGACAACUUUUCGGGCCGACGAUCGCAGGACCCUCCUUCUAUGGAUGGUCAUCAGGAAGUUGACCGCGUCAUCUCCGAUCGCAAGUAUGGCAGCAAGCCGCGGCAGUACAAAGUCACAUUCAAAGCAUGCGAUCGCGACGACGCUCGGUGGAUUUCAGGCGCAGAUUUGAAAGCAUCCGCACCACUGAUCUACGCGCAUUAUGAAAAGCGGAGGUUAGCUCAGGAAGCUUCACGACCAGCCCCUCCCACCCGGACUGUGGUCCCUCCCUCARACAGACAGCUUCGCCCUCGCAGGUAAGCUCGGUUCUACAAGGAGGGGGGGGGGGUGGCAUACAGCGUAGCCACACGGGCCCUGCAGGGCCCGUCCCGGACAUUCAGUCUAAAAGCCUAAAACUUAG